AUGUCUGAACUCUGGAUACCAUGGAUUCUAGACCUUGAAAGUGCUCAUUCAGCAAUGGAGGCCAAGCUCGUGGAGAAUUUGCGCCAGGAAUUUACGAGCAAAGUUCGCAAUGUACAGGGUAAAAUAAAGCAAAUGGAUGCAAUUGGAUCAAUGUUCGAGUCUCAUUGGCCCAGCGAAAACAAAAGAAAGUUCAUCAAGCAGCAUUUGAAAUUUUCAGCCGACGCUGAUGAAGACACUAGCAACGAGAACAAUGGAACUGAGGUAGGUGGAUUGGAGGGAGCAAAAGAAGCAAAUCAAGCAGACCAAGCAGACCACUCAAAUGAUGUGCCUGCCAAAUCCAAAAGCCCUAUGGCAAGCGUAAAAGUUGAGCCGGAUAAUUCUAGCGGCGAACCUGUAGCAAAUAUACAACAAGAUCGGGAAUUCCUAAAGCAAAGACUUCAUCUCCUAGAAAUAGUCGCAAAUCCUGAACAAGAGCAAACAAUAGAUGUCAAUUCCAAGACUACAAAAAUGCCUCGUAAUGCCCAGCAAUCCCAAAACUAUGCAAUUCCUCCUCCAAAUGCACAACGAAGAAAUAGCAAUGUUCCGUUGUUUAGAGAACAUUCACGCAAUGUACCAAGCGGGCCUAGGUAUCAACAAUUAGGAAGUCACUCCUCCAGGAACUCUUCUUUAGAAACAGACACACCGCGCAAUAAAACACCUUGCAUGUCUGGCAAUAUUUCAUCUGCAGCACAUCCACAUAUGGACAUGCCCACAACUGCUCCUGACAAUGAGUUGAUCAAGUUUGCAAAUUCAAAGAGUAGUGCAAAGACAAUGAAUUUCUCAGCAAAUCAAGAAAUUUCCGAAAGCAAAGUCCCACCACAUGGUGUUGUUUUGCGUCAAUCAAAUGCGUAUGAACACUGUGUACAAUGUAGCACACCUUAUGGCACAGAGAUGGGCCGCAAUUUUGUCAUCAAUUAUGUCAUCGAUAUGGGCUUCGAAUUGCCUCUUCAAGAUUGUGAGAUUCACAUGAGACGAUUCAGAGAUGGAGCAAAAACUGCUUAUUGUGUCUUGUGGCCUCACAGGAAGGCUAACCCGAGUACACACGCAUUGACUGAAAUUGCAUACGUAGCAAAGUUCUUGAAGUGGUUAAGAGAACGUUAUUUAAAGGGGCCAGGCAACAUUAGAAGUUCAUAUAUAGAGUUUGCAAAUAUUUAUCCGCGUCCGCACGAAACAAGGCAGAAUAAUACAACAAUUAGGGACGUGGCAUUAGCAAAUUUUCAAGCAAAGACACAAUCACCUAGCACAAAGCAAGAUUAUAGUCGCAAGCGUGGUCGUGAGGAUAUGGGAGAUGGUUCGAGUGGACAUGUAAAACGUCAAUACCAUUAG